AUGCAAAAUCCUUACGACGUUUGGAGCGCGCCUUCCAGCAGUCGCCAAUCAUCUGAUAUCCCACCUUCGAUAUAUGGCGCGUUACCAUAUACCAAUUCUCCUGUGGCGCCGGGCAGUAUUACAUUCCACUUCGCUCGUCUCAAUCCCUCAAUCCUCAAUUCUGUCGUGCUUGGGCCCGACAACUGUCCUAAGUUCCAUAUUGUAACUGAGUCUUCUAUGCCUGGAUAUACCAUUCUGAAGGCCGUCGACGGAGGAAACAUCGGGAUGAUUCAAUGGAAGCCCGACGAUAGUCAGAUCGAAAUCCGAGGCAUCAUGCACAAGCGAGCAGCUCGAGAUUUUCUCCGCCUUUCAGAUGACAACAGAUGCAGAAUUAUGUGUGUUAGGGGCAAGGAUUAUAUCUGGAUCUCGGAGCAGGAUUGCACAUGCAUGUACCUUGGGGGUGAUGUGUCGUCCAAAAUAUUUGCCAAACUCACUCGCGACCAGUCGUGUUUUAGAUUAGUGAUGGCUGCUGAAGCUAUAUCAGCAGGACUUCUACCGUCUGCUAUAUUAGCGAUAAUUCUGAUCCAAAGCGGAAAGGCUUAA